AUGGACUGUAACUGCGUCUCCGACCUGCUCUUCACGCCGCCGGUGCCCGCUCUCUGGACCCCCGGCUUCGCCUUCCCGGACUGGGCCUACAAGCCCGAGUCGUCGCCGGGCUCCCGGCAGAUCCAGCUGUGGCAUUUCAUCCUGGAGCUGUUGCAGAAGGAGGAGUACCAGGGGGUCAUCGCCUGGCAGGGGGACUACGGGGAGUUCGUCAUCAAGGACCCCGACGAGGUGGCCCGGCUGUGGGGCAUCCGCAAGUGCAAACCUCACAUGAACUACGACAAGCUCAGCCGGGCCUUGCGCUACUACUACAACAAGCGGAUCCUGCACAAGACCAAGGGGAAGCGCUUCACCUACAAGUUCAACUUCAGCAAAGUCGUCCUGGUCAACUACCCGCUGCUGGACAUGGCGGCCGGCUCCCCGCUGCUGCUGGCGCAGGGGCCCUUCGGGGGGGCGCCCGGGCCCGACUGCCCACCUCUCACUCCCGAGACGCUGCAGACCCUGUUUUCCACCCCGCGCCUGGGGGAGCCGGGGGCUCGGACCCCUUUGUUCACUCAGCACCUUUCGACUUCCGAGACGGACAAACUGCGACUGGACAGUCCCUUCCCCUUCCUGGGCUCAGGUACCUCCGGUUACCCCAAGCCCCCCGGCCUGCUGGGCCCCUACAACCGCUCCUUCCCGGACUACCCCUGGAACUUUAACCCUUACCUGUCGGGCCCCUUCCCCAAACUCCCCGCCUCCCUCUACCCCCCCCACUUCUACCCCAACCCUCUGGCCAGCUCCCUGACCCAGCUGCCAGCAGGAGGGACGACGGCUCCCCCGCCCCCCGGGGCGGGCGAGGGUCCCGUGCCCUCGGAGAGGCCCAGCCUGGCCCCCCGCCUCUGCCCGCCGGGGUCCGGGGGAGCGGAGCGCGGGGCCGGGGCCGGGCCCGCGGCGCUGGGCAAGGAGGAGAGCGACUCGGAGCUGGAGAUCACAGACGUCAGCGACUGCAGCUCCGACAGCGAGGCCGGCGCCGACCUCCCGCCGCCCCCGGGCCCCAAGACCAAAGCGGGGGGCAAAGCCAGGCCAGGGACCUGA